UUAUGCUGAGUGAAUAUGGAGCUCGUUUUUACACGGUUUGACUCGUUUGACUUUGAGGCGGAUCAGCGGUUUGUGGACGGUCUGAAGUCCGUAAACAGAACCGAAACCGACCUGCUGGACCUGAAACUGUUCUUCUACAACAGGUUUGUCGAGCCCAUCGACCAAACCGGCUACAAACAGUGGAGCUCUUCUUCCUGUGUGAACGGCUGCCCUGUCGAGCAGCUGGACCAGAUGGCGUUGUCACAUUCAGACUCUGAACUCACAGCAGAAACUUCUGAACCCACAGAGACAAAGCAGCUCUCCUUUGCAGAGGUGAUGCGACUGGUUCAGGAGGGAAAGGAGGUUCCCGGAGUGACAAAAGUGGACAUACAGCCGAGCAACCAGAAUCCCACUCCCUCUAGAAUGGAGCGGAUGUUAAAACCCUGGGAAACCGCAUCAUCAUCCCCAGAGUGACCUCUGACUCUUUACAGCACUGUGUAGAUAAAACUCAUAAUAAAAAGUAUGAAAGGUUGCAUUGCAAACAGCCUGCUGUUGUUACAACUGCAGAGCAACAGUCAUGUCCCCACAGCAGUCCAACAUAAACAUACGUACAGCUUGUCAUACAAAGCAGAUCUACAUGUCCUACACCAUCACCACUAGAACAGAUGGAGUAAAUGACAUCUGUGUCUGUUGGUGUUUUCUUUGGAGAAGCUAAACUUUCAUUUAAUGGAAGUAACUAGAAAUCUGUGGUCUGAGGUGUCAGAAUGAUGGUCUGAGAGGAGCCAAAUUUCAUAUACAGUUGUUGUUAAAAGUUUCAUUUGGAGCUUUUAAUGAUUUAUUCGAACUGUCCUUUUUCCAGAGUUGAAUGAUUGUACAGCAAACAUCUUUAAUUACUUAAAAAAAAA